CUUCUGGCGACCAAUAGCAGGGAUAGGAGGGGUGGCACCCCUGCCACCUCACUCCUAUGCCUUCAGGGGUGAUCGUGGGUGUCUUAGACAACCGCGAUCCCCCUUAUAUUCCGGGUAACCAUAGACCCGUAAUGACCCAGAAUUGCGCAAAUCGCAAGUGUGAAUUCACUUGCUAUUUGGCGCGAUCGCCGACAUGGGGGCGUCUAAUGACCCCCCCUGGGCGUUUGCAUGGGAUGCCUGCUGAAUGAUUUCAGCAGGCAUCCCGGUCCAAUCCCUACCCGGCGUGUAGAAGUACCAGGGUCUCAUGACGUACGUCAAGGGUCCUUAAGUGGUUAACUCUAGACUGUCAGCUUUAAUUUGAUAGUAUUUACAUCCAAAUCAGGUGAACGGUGUAGGAAUUACAACAGUUUGCAUAUAUGCCUCCCACUUGCUAAGUAACCAAAAGUAAUGGGACAAUUGGCUUCUCAGCUGUUCCAUGUUCGGGUGUGUGUGUUAUUCCCUCACUAUCCCAAUUACAAUGAGCAGAUAAAAGGUCCAGAGUUAAUUUCAAGUGUGCUAUUUGCAUUUGGAAUAUGUUGCUGUCAACUCUCAAGAUGAGAAUCAAAGAGCUGUCACUAUGACCCCGUUCACACAGAGUAAUUUUCAAGGAAUUUACUCGAGUAAUUCCACCUGAAUUUUCCGCUUCAAUACAUUGAACAUGUCAUCUGGCAUUGACUUCAAUGUAUUUUCCGCUUUUCCAUUCACACUGCGUAAAUUCUGCUCAUGGAAUUCCGCUGCGGAAUUCAUCUCUGCUUGAAGAAAGAGCAUGUUCAUUCUUGAAGCAGAAUCCGCUAGCAGAAUCCCAUUGAAAUCAAUAGAAAUAUAUUUUUUCCACCCGACAACGUAAUGUGAGCGGAAUACGCGCGGAAUUCGUGCUGAAUUAGCACAGACAUUUUUUUCAAAUCCAGCCCCUGGAUAAAGGAUGACACCCAUUCAACACCCAUUUCUCCACCCAUUUUUGACUCGGCAGCCAUUUUGUGUAUCAGCAGACAUUAGAGACAAAGCUUGAGCAUCUUGCUCCCUGUAAAAUGUCGCAACAAAGCAUGGAGGAACAUCGCAUUAGACUUCACCCCCCCCCCCCGAACUGCGACUAUUAUUGACCAUCAUGGUCAAUCGUCGUCGCCAGCAACGUAUGACUCAGAGAAGGUGCAAAAGAUACUGGGUGCACCCUAUCAACAGCCUUAGAGAUUCCCUUGGCCACAUCAGAAAACUAUAUGAUGAGCUUAGAAGGUAUCCCGAAAAGUUCUUCAAUUUUGUGAGGAUGCCUAUGGAGGCCUUUGACAAAUUGCUGGACAUUCUUGAUCCUCACCUCCAGCUUCAGGAUACAAGAAUGCGUCAAGCCAUCAGUCCCAGAGAACAUUUGAUGAUCACGUUGCGAUUUCUUGCAACAGUGGAGAGUUUUGCAUUGUUGUACCUCCAAUUCCGGGUUGAUAAAUCUACCAUCUCUGGAAUUGUGAAGUCAACAUGCCACGUGAUCUGGCAAUACUUGCAGCCCAUUUCAAUGCCCAGUCCAACCCAGGAGACUUGGCUACAGGCAGCAGCAGGCUUUCAGUCUGUAGCACAAUUUCCAAACUGCAUAGGCGCCGUCGACGGGAAGCAUGUACGAGUGCAGAAGCCACCGGGAUCAGGAUCCCAGUACUUCAAUUACAAGAAGUACUUUUCUAUGGUCCUGAUGGCGGUGGCUGAUGCCAGUUAUAAGUACAUUGCCAUCGACGUCGGCGCCUAUGGUAGUACUGGGGACUCACGGGUGCUGAGGACAUCUGAAUUUGGGCGUCAAGUUUUGCAAGAUCAGGUGACUCUGCCUCCACCAAAACCUCUUCCUGGUACCACGCAUCUAGUCCCCUUCGUCAUGGUAUCGGAUGAGGCUUUUCCUCUGAUGACUAACCUGCUGCGCCCAUACCCACAGAGGGGACUGAAUGCCCGAAAGAGGGUUUUCAACGCAAGGCUGAGCCGGGCACGAUGCUUCGUGGAGUGCACCUUCGGGAUCAUGAGUAGUAAGUGGAGGAUCUUCACCUGUGCAAUGCAGUUGGAUGAGGCCACAGUUGAUGCAGUCAUCAAAGCUGCGUGUGUCCUCCACAACUAUGUCCGCGACUAUGAUAGCCCGGACAUAGAAGUGGAUACACACAAGGCUUUGAAUGAUGAGCCAAUCAACUGGGGCUCAGGUCGUCCAUCCAACCGUGCUGUACUUGUGAGAGAAACCUUCGCUGACUAUUUCAUGUCCCCCGAAGGUGCAGUGCUUGGCAAGUUUAAUCAGCCUUGGUGAUCAUCACACGUUUUCUGGAAUUGAUGGCUAAGGACCUGAAGCAGUUUGUCAACGGUCUCCAUAGAUGUCCUCACCUCAUGGGAUACCUUCAAGCAAGUCAUCUACCUUCCGGUGUGGUCUUCCCGUUCCCUCUGCAAAAUCAUGUUCUGUGCUACCUUUUGCACACA